AAUAUAAAUACGUACUUAUAGCGCGUCCGAUCAGAAGUAUAGCGCACUCGUCGCCCUCCGCUCGACGUUCGACAUAGUAUAACAUAUUAUUAGGUAUAGGUAUGAUGUACUCGUAAAAUAGCGAUGUCGUAAACGCAUCCGCGGCACCGCUUAUACCUAUCAAGAGUCCUGAGAAUAAAGCCAUCAUCGUCGCCAUAGGUAUUAUUACACUAGCCCGUGGCAUAUUCUUACUUUUUAUCAAUAGUAAUUGAUAUUGAUAUUCAAAAUAAUUACAGUCAGAUAAUAUAAUAUUACUGUAUUAUUGUACAAUAAUCGCCUUGAAGAAUCCGACUUUGGUGUUUGGGCGAUCAACUCGUCCGGCUACAGCAACAGCGACCUGCAAUUGACCAUGACGUCCGCCAAAUGUUUUUUGGGCUGCACCAACGUCCGGUACGGUGCCCGGAUUGUGUCCAUAUUGGACUUUUGGAUUGGUGUGAUACUUCUGAUAAAAUGUCUUAUGCUGUUAAAUCCAUUCUAUGAGGACUUUUACUAUUACAAAUCACGCCCAGAACAAAUAAUAUACGAUUUUAUCAUAUUCAGUCAUUUGUUUAUAAUAUCUGUGUUUCUUAACGUAAAUUAUUACCUGAAGGAAUCAACAUAUGACCACAAAGUCCAUAAAAUUUAUCAGUGGUUAGCAGUCAACACGAUAUUUCUGUCAUUUCACAUACUGGCCAUUACUUACAUCACGAUCAAGUAUUACUAUCCUGCCAUACUUUAUUAUUCAGUACCUAUAUGCAUCGUCCACUUGUGCCAGAUUUACGUGGUGAAAAGUUUUUACGAUGAUGAACUUCUCGCAAUGCAGCGACCGUUGCCCGCUGUGUCGCCGGCUGUCACGGGCCAAAGCCAGGUGGCUGUCGUAAAUCAAAACUCGUCCCAGGGUUCUGUAAGCGUUACGCUCAGUGGGCCACCUGCACCAAACCCGGUUAGCCAAGUCCAAAGCGUACCACCACUUCAACUGCAGGAACAACAGGAUGCCGGAUGGCAACACAUCGGCGAUGGUGAAGCGAUUUCCGUUCCGGUAGCGUCCCAUGUUUACCCGCAACUGUACCACGGCCACCCUGGACCCAAUGGCACCCAACCUCACUUUCAGACUUCGAUGUCACAGCAUCCUAGACCUUCUGUAGAAGUGCAGCGCCCUCAAGAAUACUAUAAUCCUCCAGCCUAUUCACCACCUUACGAACAGCAAGGAGAAAUUCACUCAGGGAGAUUGAUUUAGAUGGUCCAAAUACGAAAAGUAUAUAAUAUAUAUGUAUGACAUAUGCUUAACGUAUCCGAUAAUAAAUACUUUUCCAAUAUCCACAUAUACUACGAGAUCGUGUAAUAUUAUAUUAUGUGUUCAUUUAAAAAUACAAAUAAUUUUGAGACUGUA